AGGGCACGCGGUUCAUCCUUCCAGCUGGGCUUGUCUGCACCAUUCCGGCGCCUAACACGUUCUAUCAGCCAUCCCCCGGUUUCCGGAGGCGCACGGGGAGGGCGGGGCCUGCGCUGGGGGAGGCCGCUUCCGAGGUCAGGCUCAGGACUCCGUCUCCCCAGGUGGGCUGCAGGGAUCAGCGGGGCGGGCCUUCUCCGCACUCCAACAUGGCGGCUGCGGCGGCCAUAAACGGAGCCAAGCGCAACUUGCGGGCCGAGAUGAAGCAGCGGCUGCGGGCGAUCGGCGCCGAGGAACGGCUCCGCCAGUCCCGUCUGCUGACAGAGAAGGUGAUUGCUCAUAGUAAAUAUCAAGAGUCUCAGAGAAUUUCAGUCUUUCUGAGCAUGGAGGAUGAAAUUGAGACAGAAGAAAUUAUCAAGGAUAUUUUUCAACGUGGCAAAACAUGUUUUAUCCCUCGGUACAAAUUCAAGAGCAACUACAUGGAUAUGGUAAAGUUAUUUUCAGCAGAGGAAAUUUUUUCACUUCCCAAAACUUCCUGGAACAUUCAUCAGCCCAGGGAUGAUGAAGUGCGGGAGGAGGCUUUGUCAACAGGGGGUCUGGAUCUCAUCUUCGUGCCAGGUCUUGGAUUUGACAAACAGGGCAACCGCCUGGGAAGGGGGAAGGGAUAUUAUGACACCUACCUGAAGCAUUGCGUGCAGUACCAAGAAAGAAAGCCUUAUACGAUUGCUUUGGCUUUCAAAGAGCAGAUCUGUGGUGCAGUGCCAGUUGGAGAAAAUGAUAUGAAAAUAGAUGAAGUGCUCUAUGAAGACAGAUAAACUUUGUGGUUCCCAGUGACAACUCUGUGGAAUGAGCUGGGUUUUGUACUCGAGUAAAACCAAAUGAAUUCCUUUUCUCCUAUCCAAAAAUCAUUUGCAACUCUACCUUUGUAUUACUAAGAACUGAAUUGACUUUGAUAUAAUUAGAAAGGGUUUAGAAUAAAAUAUUAGUUAAAAAUCUUUAGCAAUGUGGAUAAUAGAAGAUUAGUAAAAAUGAACAUUGCAUUUAGUGAUUUUUCUUCCUAAUUUCCUGGUAUUAAAAUGACAAUUUUAUAUCUCCUUUGAAAUGUAAAUUAUGGAUGAGAUUCUGUGGUCCAUCUUGCAUGAUGAAGAGAAUUUAAACUCAUUUAGAACAAGGAUUUUACUGUUUUCUAACAUGUCCUUUAAUGGCUCUGCUUCAAUCCCUAGGACACAUAGGAAGAUUUGAUAAAUAUUAAUUGCUUUGUUGAUGUUUGUUUCUUUUCAUACUUCAGAGAGGGCAAAUAGUACUCAUCAUGACUUUAUUAAUCCUUUUCUUCGUUCACCCAACCUGAAAUUUGGGUUAAACACUUCAUAGCUUUUGUGGGCUAAAGUGAUGUAGGAUGCAACAGAAAUUGCUCAUUGGUUUUGCAGCUUAAUGCUAUAAUUCACCAUGAUUAGUCCCUAAAUGCCUCAUUAUAGGAAAGCUACCUGUUAGUAUCCCUAGAUUCUAAUGCCAAAUUCUGAUGUUAUAUCGAUUAUAAACUCAGCUCCAUUUAUUUGGGGUUUUUGACUUGAAAAUAAAAUUUGCUUUAGGUUGAAAGUUGACUGACAACAUUUCACCUGGGGAACAAUAUCUUUUUCAGUUGUGCUAAUAACUUAAAAGUGGCAUUAUUUGAAUAAUUUUUUCAUAAUGGCUUAGAGGAUUGUAUGUGAUUUGAAACUUCAUGUAAAAGUAGACAUGUUGCAAAGAAAGUCAAGUAGGCUACAAAGAGUGAAGGUAGAAGUAACAAUGCUAUGAACAAGGUGAGGGGGGUGGGGUAGGGGAACUACAUGUGAGCUAUAAGGACAAAUAUUAUGUUGGUUAAAAAAAAAUGAUUCAACACUAUUUGAUAUUUGGAAUUAUUUAGACUAUAAGUAUUCAUAUUAAAUAUACUGUAAUAAAAAUUUUUGAUAUUGAUGCUUUUUUCAUAAUUAAAACAUUGUUAUAUAACUUUUUGCUAUAGAUUGAAUCUGGAUUU